UAUUGAUCCUCAUUGGUCAUGAACAGUAUGUGGGUCCGAAACUUUAUCUAUGUGUAUAUAUAGCCUCCCAUUUCCAACUUGAUAUGCAUCCUCUCUCUCUCACUUCAAAAACUAGUAAUAUUAAUUUUGAAGACAAAAUGAAGCCUUCUUUUAUGUUCAAUGUCUUUCUUCUCUCCAUUAUCCUUUAUCAAGCUCAAGGUAUAAGGUUCAAAACAUCUUUAAUAUCAUCUAGCAACCAUCAAGAACUCAUCACUAAGACUACAUUAAGCAUUCAAGACGACGAAUCAGCCAGGGCUAGCAACCUUUCACCAGGAAUAGAUAGAAAACUUAUAGCAAAAAUAUUAUCUUCCGAUCCUCACUCCACCAAUAGCAAGAAUUACAAGCCGCAAUCGGAUUUAAAAUUUACUCAUAGACGACUUGGAAAAGAUGAGAAUUUUUCAACCUCAGUUCCAGUAAGCUCAAAACACGGAAAGACGGAAAUCGUAUCAGAACCAUAUCCAGACGUUGUAGACAUAACAGGGAUGGAUUAUUCUCCAGCCAAGAGAAAACCACCUAUACACAAUUGAAUCCAACACAUUAAUUGAUAUUAGUUAAAACGUACAGUGGUCUAAGAUUCAUAUACUCCAACACUAUACAUGAUCAUUACAUGUUUAAACCACUCCAUAAUUGUUUUAGGUUCAAUAUAGUUGAUAUAUAUCGUCUUUGAUCAAUAAUAUAUUUUGAGAUGCUUUUACUUGAUAUAUUCGACGACUUUUUAACAUGUAUGAUUAUAGUGCGUAGUAAAAUGAAUCACAAUCACUACAUGAAAAGCAAUGGCGACAAAUGCCGCCGCUAAAAGUGAUGAUUGUCGCCGUUAAAAGUCACGAUUGUCGCCACUAAAGGAUUUUGCAGCGACAUAUCGCCGCCAAAAGGUUGCCGUUGUUUCCUCGUUGCAAAUGCUCCAUAUGUCACCGCUAAUGCUUCUAUCGACGCAACUAAGAUGUCGCAAUUAUUGCUACCCGUCGCCGCAAAUGUGAUGUCGGGCUAAUACAUGCCCGUUGCCGUUAAC